AUGUACAUCAAGACCAUUGCCGACCUUGAAACCGCCAUGCUUGAGGCUCUGGAGAAGCAGAAGGGCAAGAAGAUGAACCCCAUCGCCGCAAAGGGUCUUAACGCCAUGCGCCAGAAGAUUCGCAAGAACAACCGUGACCACGAAACCGACAUCAAGGCCUACCGCGACAGCCCCGAUGACUUCAUGAAGGAUGAUGUUGUUGAGGAGCCUACUGCUGCCCCCAAGAAGGCCAAGAAGGCUCUUAUCGACGAGACUAUCGUUGGUGCCGAUGAUGACGGCUUCACCGUCGUUGGCGCUGGUGGCAAGGCUACAGUUUACACCCCUGAGAGUAUUCUUAAGCAUCUCCGCACCAUUGUCGAAUCCAGAGGACGCAAGAACACCGACCGUCUGGAGCAGAUUCGUACCCUUGAGAAGCUGCUCGAUGUGGCUGCUACCGAGUACCAGAAGGCUCGCGUGCUCCUGACUCUUGUUUCGACCCGUUUCGACUUGACUAGCGGCAGCGGUAACACUAUGGCACAGGAACAGUGGAAGCUGGUCCAGCAAGAGAUCGCUGCUCUCCUGGCCCUUCUUGAGGAGCACCCUCACCUGGUCGUCAUUGAGAGCGCCGAGGACUGGGAGGACGAUGAGAAGCACCCUACCAUCUCUUCCGACGAGACUUUCAAGAUUCCCGGCAGCAUCGUCUCCCUGGUCGAGCGUCUUGAUGAUGAGCUUACCCGUGUUCUGCAGGCCGUUGACCCUCACACCGCCGAGUACGUUGAGCGUCUCAGCGACGAGGCUUCCCUGUACACCAACAUUGUCCGCACACAGCUGUACUGUGAGCGCUUAGCAGAGGACGAGAAGCUCAACUUUGUCCAAGAGACAGCCAACCGCAUUGUCAUGCGCAGACUUGAGCACAUCUACUUCAAGCCUUCGCAGGUCAUCGACAUCCUUGAGGAGAACGUCUGGAAGGCCCUUCCCACCUCUCUCGACUCUUCUGUCACCCCUCGCUCUGCUGCUGGCGACAGCUCCGCUCUUGUCACCGCCAUCUGCACAUACCUCUACACCCACAGCGAAGGCAUCAUCCGUGCUCGUGCCAUGCUUUGCCAAGUCUACUACCUCGCCCUUCACGAUCAGUACUUCAAGGCUCGCGACAUGCUCCUUAUGUCGCAUUUGCAGGAGACCAUCUCCGGAUUCGACGUCAACACCCAGAUUUUGUUCAACCGUACCUUGACCCAGGUCGGUCUCUGUGCUUUCCGCGCUGGUCUUGUUUACGAGGCCCAGAACUCACUCCAGGACAUUUGCGGCUCCCAAAGACANAAGGAGCUGCUCGCCCAAGGUCUCCAGAUGCAGCGCUACUCUCAAAUCACCCCCGAGCAGGAGCGUAUCGAGCGCCAGCGCCAGCUUCCNUUCCACAUGCACGUCAACCUCGAGCUUCUCGAGUGUGUCUACCUCACCUGUUCCAUGCUGCUCGAGAUUCCUCUUCUUGCCCAAGUCGGCUCCUCGCCUGACCUCAAGAAGCGUGUCAUCAGCAAAUCUUACCGCCGUAUGCUCGAGUACCAUGAGCGCCAGAUCUUCACUGGUCCUCCCGAGAACACCCGUGACCACGUCAUGCAAGCAAGUAAGGCUCUUGCUCAGGGUGAAUGGCGUAAGGCUGCCGAGUUCAUCACUGCUAUCAAGAUCUGGGACCUUCUGCCGCAAGCCUCCAAGAUCAAGACUAUGCUCGAGGAGCAGAUCCAAGAAGAGGGUCUCCGCACCUACCUUUUCACCUACGCUCCCUUCUACGACACUCUUUCGAUUGAAAAGCUUGCAUCGAUGUUUGAGUUGUCAGAGCGCAAGGUUUCGGCCAUUGUCAGCAAGAUGAUCAGCCACGAGGAGCUUGCUGCUGCCCUUGAUCAAGUCAACGGCGCCAUCAUCUUCAGAAAGGGAGUCGAGCUCAGCAGACUGCAAAGCUUGGCCCUCACUCUCAGCGACAAGGCCAGCGGACUCAUCGAGAGCAACGAGAAGACAUUGGAGCAAAGAACACAAGGCACUGCCAACGCGUUCGAGAGACAAGGCGCACAGAGAGGAGGCAGAGGAGGUGCCAGAGGCGGACGCGGCGGAAGAGGCGGCGGCCAAGGCAUCAGAAGAGGCGGUGGUGGCUUCCAGGGCGGUGUCCUGGGCAACGCCAUCAGAUCGUAA